CGCGCCACUCUCCCGCGCUGCACCAGCCGCAGACCCCGUAGCCACUCCCGGCUGCUUGCCGCGGGCUCAGGGCGGACCAUGCGCCCUCCGAGCCCACCGCCUGCCCGCUGGCUCUGCGUGCUGGCAGGAGCCGUCGCCUGUGCCCUCGGACCUGCCGGCAGCCGGGCAGCCAGCCCACACCAGGAGUGUGAGUACCUGCAGAUGAUUGAGAUACAGCGUGAGCAGUGCCUGGAGGAGGCCCAACUGGAGAAUGAAACCGCAGGCUGCAGCACAAUGUGGGACAACCUCACCUGCUGGCCGACGACCCCUUAUGGCCAGGUAGUUGUCCGGGACUGCCCUCUCAUCUUCCAGCUGUUUUCCCCCAUCCACGGCUAUAACAUCAGCCGUAGCUGCACUGAAGAAGGCUGGUCGCCACUGGAGCCCGGCCCCUACCACAUUGCCUGCGGCCUGAAUGACAGGGCAUCUAGUCUGGAUGAGCAGCAGCAGACAGAGUUCUACAACGCCGUGAAGACUGGCUACACCAUCGGCUACAGCUUGUCCCUUGCCAGCCUCCUGGUUGCCAUGGCUAUCUUGAGCCUGUUCAGGAAGCUGCACUGUACCCGAAACUAUAUCCACAUGCAUCUCUUCAUGUCCUUCAUCCUGAGGGCCACUGCCGUCUUCAUCAAGGACAUGACUCUCUUCAACAGCGGGGAGAUUGACCACUGCUCUGAGGCCUCGGCGGGCUGCAAGGCAGCGGUGGUGUUCUUCCAGUACUGCGUCAUGGCCAACUUCUUCUGGCUGCUGGUGGAGGGCCUCUACCUGCACACCCUGCUGGCCGUCUCCUUCUUCUCUGAGCGGAAGUACUUCUGGGGGUACAUACUCAUCGGCUGGGGAGUGCCCAGUGUAUUCAUCAUGAUAUGGACAAUUGUCAGGAUUCACUUUGAGGAUUUCGGGUGCUGGGACACCAUCACCAGCUCCUCCCUGUGGUGGAUUAUAAAGGCCCCCAUCCUCAUCUCCAUCUUGGUGAACUUCAUCCUGUUUAUCUGCAUCAUCCGAAUCCUGGUUCAGAAACUACGGCCGCCCGACAUUGGGAAGAACGAUAGUAGCCCAUACUCGAGGCUGGCCAAGUCCACACUUCUACUCAUCCCCCUGUUUGGAGUUCACUAUGUCAUGUUUGCCUUCUUCCCCGACAACUUUAAGGCCCAGGUGAAAAUGGUCUUCGAACUUGUCGUGGGGUCUUUCCAGGGUUUCGUGGUGGCCGUCCUCUACUGCUUCCUCAAUGGUGAGGUGCAGGCGGAGCUGCGGCGGAAGUGGCGGCGUUGGCAUCUGCAGGGCGUCCUGGGCUGGAGCUCCAAAUCCCAGCACCUGUGGGGAGGCAGCAACGGCGCCACGUGCAGCACGCAGGUGUCCAUGCUGACCCGCGUCAGCCCUAGCGCGCGCCGCUCCUCCAGCUUCCAAGCAGAGGUCUCCCUGGUCUGACCGCCAGAGGCCGCCAGGCCCCUUCGCACCCUCCCCACGCCGGCCCCUGGAGCAGAGUCUGCAGAGGCGCCGCUGGCUCCAGCCUUUUGUAGGGACACACUCCUUUGCUGCAGCCAGGACCUGGUCCAUGCUCGCUGGAGAGCAGGGCGAUCUAACCUCGGAGGAUGCAAGGAGGAACCAGCGUUAGACUCCACCUCCCCAGGCCGCUCUGCCAGACAUGCGCACAAAAUCUGCAUUCACCUGGAAAGCAAAUCGCCUGCCCUCAAAGCUUUGGAACUCUGAGGGCAAAAGGUUCCGCCCAGUCGGUGCCUAGAGUUCCACUGGGGCGCUCAAGUCACUUUGGGUUGGUUGAGCGUCGCCAUUGAGACUCCUCUCUGAGGACGCAGCCCCCUCCCUGCGUUUAUCUGCCAGCUCUUCCGGGUGGGUGAGUUCUUCUACCUCAGGCAGAUAUGGUUGUGACCUGGAGUUUCAGUUUGGGGAUCACAGCUAUGUUGUGGUCCUCCCUCAGGAUGGAAUUGUCCCAGUGUCUCGUCAGACCUGGGAACUCAGGGACCUACCUCUGCGGAGGGAGGGAGGGAGAAGACAGCCCCAGCCAGUGCUCACCAAGUGACUUUGUCCAUCAAGUAGGACCAGUCCCACUAGCCUUAUGCACAACCAAAGCAAUAGCGAGCUGCCUGCUCUGGGCGCUCAUCUACACACCAACUACUGCUGCAAGGGUCAGAGGCGUGAACACAGGCCCCUUGACCCUGAGGUCACCCUGACAUCACUGGUAGUGACACUGAGUGAGUCUUGGUGAGAGCAGGUAUCUUUUCCAUAAAGACUACCCUUUUUACAUAUUGUGAUCUGCUGGAUUCUCUUGGGGUCCUAUUACCACAGAUGCUACCCCCCCCACCCCAAGUCUCCAGGUCCCAUGCUGCCUUGGAGAGUGAUUGAGUAUGCCACUGACAUAAAAGCUUGCUGGUCAAGGCAUCUUAUGCCUCCCUUAUAGCGAUAUGGCUUCUAAUCCAAGCUGGUGCCCGCAGGCUCCCCUCUGAGUUGCACCAGACUUGUAUGACAAUAAAUAUGGCUCAAACAGGUUUAGUGUCCCUGGCCACUGUGGGUCUCCUGCUUCUUCUAAGUAGCUGUGUCAUCUCCGCUCCGGUGAGAGGUGACUAAAGCUAUGACCCUUCUGGUUUUGGACAGGAGCCCCACAUUCCCAUGUGAGGAUUUAUCCCAAGAGCCUUUGAUUCACAUGUGAGUGUGAAGAGGUUGUGACAUGGGGUCCUGCUGUGACCCUCUCCCCCCUAAGACCAUCUGGAAGGAGACAGAUUCUGCCUCAGACCUAAUCAAAACAGAGCUGCCACAAGCAACCAGGGUUCAUUCCUGAAAACAGCACACAGGAAAUGCAGGAGCUGGGUCUGCUGCCCGUGAGCCAGCCCAGAGGGUCCCCAGCACAAGUCAGUGAGGAGGGGCUGCGUGGCUACCAGAAAGCAGACACAGCAGUGGGGCAAAGCAGGUGAUGUUGGCCGGUCAGUGAGAGAUAGCUAGCUCACGAGGGUUUGUGCAAACACACUUGUGUAAACUUGCGGAUGCCGGGCUGGUGUUAAGAAGCCAGGAUGGGCUAGCAGAGGUUUGGAUCUGUCUGCAACACCCCAUUCAAAGGCUGCUGCCCCCAUUACCAACCCCACGCCUAAGUGAAUGGCGCCAAGAUCCCCCAGCAGUGCUGUGUGGUGGCACAGGUUGUGCCAGUGUAAGGCACAGGGCCCUGGGAGGGGAGCAGUUACCAGCCAAGAGGACAAAGUGAGUAAAACUCAGUGUGUUCAAGAGAGGAGGGGCAGAGUCAGGAAGUAAGAGGCUCAGUGGAGGGCAUUCUAGAAUAGAGACAGGGAGGACUGGGUGAGGAGCUAAGAAAACGUGUGCUGGCAUCCUAGGUUAGUGACAGCCGUGGGGCUUCCAGGCUGGGUUAUCACAGUCCCUUCUUCCUCUGCCAACACCCAGGUCCCUUUUGCCCUGCCAGGCACCUGUCUAGCCCGGCGAACUCAUCUCUAUCACCACCUAGUGGACACUUCAAGACUUGUCCAACUGUGGCCACCUUGGGGCUUUAUGCUGUCAAGUAGGUCUCACACUGGGAACACUGGGAGACAACCAACACAGAAAGCAGGCUCCCUACUGAGCUCACACACACACACACACACCUCAUCCUCAGGUCAAACCACUGGCCCCGUGUGAGUUUUGCCUUGAUCCAAAAGAACCUGAUGGAACCCAGCCCCUGGUGGCUCCUUAAAACAGCCCUACCCACAGUCUCCCUGGGCAGAGGCUAGUCAGCUGAAGUGGGUCUGGACAGGGAGCUGUACCAUCUGAGCCCAGACAGGGCCGUUCGUUCUGUGGGAAGGGCUCGUUCACAGGCAGCCCUCCCCCUCCCCCUCUGGGCACAGCCUCUCCGGGGACACUAGUUUACGUGCUAGCGGAACAGCACUGAGGUGUUUGAGGGCUGGGAGAGGUCUUAGAGUCCCAAGGGAACAUGUUGGGGGUCAGGGACACCCGAGUUUGGCUGAGCAGAUGCUGGGGGCACUUGCCAGCAGAGACAAAGAGAAGGUCUAUCAAAUGAGGCCGAGAGAUGGGGAGGGGUUAAUGCAGAGACGGACCAGGUCUGGGUGCCAGGCCAUCAACAGGAAAGGGAGGAGGUCAGCCGGCGAGACAAUGGCCCGGUUUGGGACGUGCUGGGUGCUAUGUCUGCAGAGCAUCUGAGAAGAGCCCCUCUAAGGCUGUUAGAUAUAGGACCUAAAGGGACUGAAGGCAGGAAGAUCAAGGUAGCCCCUUUGGAAGGAACAGUGAGUGUUCCACAAUUCCCCGGGCACCCCAUGGGGCGUGCCAGGCACAGUCGGGAGAGAAGGCCGGCUCAGCUCCUCCAUCCUAGCCGCCACACAGGGUCUGUUUUAAUGAGCAGUGGCCAGCUUCCCUACCCCCGUGUGGGAACAAGAACAGCUCUUAUCUCUCUGGGGGAAGGGGAAGGGGCGGGGCCCAGCUGGCAGUCAUCAGGGAUGGCCAAGAUAUUAAUAGCCCUGGAGUCUAUGGCCCCGAAGACUCGGCCUCCCAGGAAAAGGACAGAGCAACCGCAGCAGGCCAGAGGGAUGCGUCAGGAGGCCAUCUUGGCAAUGCCCCAGCCUCCACACAAGGCAGAUGGGAUAACUAGAAAAUAGAGAAGGAAAAGUCAUUGCAGAGGCAGAUGUUGAACCCAACUUUCCAAAUCCCAUGGUUGUGCCUCAGAUAUUCUAUAUAUUGUCAAAGAUGGAGUAAUUUGGCUGUGCCCUACCUGGAGACACAGAAAGAGUUGUUCCGGUUAGCAGCCCUGAUUCUGUCUUGACAUAUUGUUUAUCCUGUAUUUUUUCAUUAAUUUUGAUAUUUUAAAAUACUG